CCGACGAUUGCAUCAUUUUUUAUGGCUUUACCUGGCAAAAAGUGAGGUUAACUCGCCCAUGUGUUAUGUCAACGUGUUCGUUCAGUGAUUUUUUAAUUUAAACAAAAAAAGAAGCUAAAAAUGACUGCAGUUGAGCGAAAGGGCACGUUCAAGGUAGAAUAUCUACAAAAAAUCGAGCGUGAGGUUCAGGACAGAUGGAAGAAAGAGAAAUUGCACGAAAUCGACGCGCCCAAACAGCCCCGAAAAUCAGAAGAUGAUAAGUUUUUGUGCACUUUCCCAUUUCCAUACAUGAACGGCCGUUUACACCUUGGCCAUACGUUCUCUCUAUCAAAGGCUGAAUUUUCCGUCAGGUAUCACAAACUGAAGGGGAAAAAUGCGUUGUUUCCCUUCGGUUUUCACUGCACCGGAAUGCCGAUUAAAGCAUGUGCUGAUAAAUUAAAACGCGAGAUGGAAAUGUUCGGGUACCCCCCUAAAUUCCCAGUCGAGGAAGAAAUAAAAGUUGAGGAGAAUGAUGACGUUGUUAUUAAAGAUAAGAGUAAAGGAAAAAAGAGCAAAGCAGUGGCUAAAGCGGGCGCUGCCAAAUACCAGUGGCAGAUUAUGUACAGUUUAGGGCUCCAGGACGAGGAAAUAAAAAAAUUUGCGGACGCUGAUUACUGGCUGGAUUAUUUCCCGCCCCUUGCCGUCCAGGACUUGGACCGAUUUGGGGUUUACGUCGACUGGAGACGCACCUUCAUAACCACCGACGUGAACCCCUUUUUCGAUUCCUUCGUCCGUUGGCAAUACAUUCGUUUGAAAGAACGCAACAAAAUUAAAUUCGGUAAACGUUACACGAUUUAUUCACCUCGCGAUGGCCAGCCGUGUAUGGACCAUGAUAGGUCCACCGGCGAAGGGGUGGGUCCCCAGGAGUAUACUUUAAUUAAAAUGAAGUUAUUACCUCCAUAUCCGGCGAAAUUGAGUAAACUCGCCAAUAAACCGGUUUAUCUAGUAGCGGCGACUUUAAGGCCCGAGACAAUGUACGGACAGACUAAUUGUUGGGUCAGGCCUGAUAUGAAAUAUGCCGCAGUUGCGGUCAAAUCUGGCGAAAUUUUUAUUUGCACCGAGCGCUCAGCUCGGAAUAUGAGCUAUCAAGGGUUUACGGAGGUUGAUGGGAAAUUUGAGAUUGUUGCGCAUUUGGUGGGACAGGAUCUUCUGGGUUGUGCCCUCAAAGCGCCCUUGACCCACUAUGACAAAAUUUACGCCUUACCCAUGCUUACCAUCAAAGAGGAUAAAGGUACAGGAGUUGUGACAAGUGUCCCUUCUGAUUCUCCCGACGAUUACGCUGCGCUAGUCGAUUUGAAAAAGAAGCACCCUUUUAGGGAGAAAUACGGGAUUAAAGACGAAAUGGUUCUACCAUUUGAGCCCGUUCCCAUAGUUGAAGUACCCGAUUUUGGUAAACUUUCGGCCGUAACCGUGUACGAAAAAUUGAAAAUUCAGAGUCAAAAUGACCGAGAAAAGCUGCUCGAGGCCAAAGAAAUGGUCUACUUGAAGGGUUUUUAUGACGGGGUGAUGAUCGUGGGCGAAUUUAAGGGUAAAAAAAUCCAAGACAUAAAAAAAUCGCUUCAGAAGGUGUUGAUUGAUAAAAACGAAGCGGUUAUUUAUUACGAACCCGAGAAAAGUAUAAUUUCGAGAUCGGGGGACGAGUGCGUUGUUGCUUUGUGUGACCAGUGGUUCCUUGAUUACGGGGAAGAGGCCUGGAAGAAAUUGGCACAUAAAGUGCUAGAUCAGAUGAAUACGUACCAUGAGGAAGUCCGGAGGAACUUCAUUGGGUGUCUGGAUUGGCUCCGUGAGCACGCCUGUUCCAGAACCUAUGGACUUGGUUCCAAAUUACCAUGGGAUGAACAAUGGUUAAUCGAAUCCUUGUCUGACUCUACCAUCUACAACGCCUACUACUCCGUCGCUCAUUUGCUCCAAGGCAAUUCGUUCCGUGGUAAUAAACCCAACUCUCUUGGUAUCAAACCGGAGCAGAUGACUCCCGAAGUUUGGGAUUACAUCUUCUUCAAAAAUGCUCCAUUCCCGGCGAAUUCUGGGAUUAAGAAAGAAUCUCUCGAUUUGAUGAAACACGAGUUUAAUUAUUGGUAUCCUGUUGAUGUGAGAGUGUCUGGAAAGGAUUUGGUACAGAACCAUCUGACCUAUUUUAUUUACAAUCAUUGUGCGAUUUGGCCUGAAGAGGAGGAUAAGUGGCCAAGAGGUGUGCGAGCUAAUGGUCAUCUUUUACUCAAUUCAGCGAAAAUGUCCAAGUCUGACGGUAAUUUCUUGACUUUGAGUGAAGCUGUGGAGAAGUUUAGCGCAGAUGGGACGAGACUGUGUCUCGCUGAUGCCGGGGAUUCGAUUGAAGAUGCGAAUUUUGUUGAAAGUAUGGCAGAUGCAGGGAUUUUGAGGCUGUACACGUUUAUUGAAUGGGUGAAGGAGAUCUUGGAAAAUAAAGGACAAUUGAGGACUGGCCCCGCAACGACGUUCAACGACGAAGUAUUCCAGAGCGAAAUCAACCUGAAAAUCAAAGAGACGGACGAAUUCUACGGCAAAAUGCUGUUUAAAGAGGCCCUCAGGAGCGGUUUUUUCGAACUUCAAUCCGUCAGAGACAAAUACAGGGAAUUGUGUUUGGAGGGAAUGCACGCGGAGUUGAUCGUUCGUUUCAUCGAAGUUCAGGCAAUACUCCUCGCUCCCAUCUGCCCGCACGUGUCCGAACAAGUUUGGAAAUUACUGGGAAAAAAAAGCAGUAUCUUCAAAGCGACGUGGCCUCAAGUCGGACAAAUCGACGAGAUCAAAAUUAAAUCGUCGGAAUAUCUCAUGGAAACCGCUCAUUCGUUCCGGGUGCAUCUCAAAACUUAUCUUCAGGGAAUCAGGACUAAGGCCAACCCCAACCCGGCGCCCGUUCCUAAGCCAGACGUGCUAAAUAUUUGGGUGGCCAAGACCUUCCCCGCAUGGCAGAGCUGCAUUCUUACCACGCUGAAAAACCACUACGAGAAAAGCAAGGAAUUUCCGGACAAUAAAGUCCUGGCCAUGGAAUUCGGCUCAAAGCCCGAGCUGAAGAAAUACAUGAAGCGUGUAAUGCCUUUCGUUCAAGCGACUCGCGAAAAAGUCGAACAGCUCGGUCCUAAGGCACUGGCGUUGACUCUCGAGUUCAACGAGGCCGAAGUACUGACUAAUAACAGCGUUUAUUUGGCGAAUACUUUAAACGUCGACGAAGUCGUAGUGAAAUUUACGGACGAUGAAGCAGCCGAUGAAAAAAUGAAGGAGUGUUGUCCGGGCUCGCCCUUUGUGCAGUUCUCGAGCAAACCGGGAGUGAAAGUCGAGUUUGUUAAUCCCGUUCCCAACUCGGGAUUCUUCUCGCAAGUGCUGGUCAUCAGCGAGGGGGACACGUACGCGAAAAUAGUGCAGAAAUUGGCCAGGGAAAUCAAAGGGAUUAAAAGCGCGCAGUCUAUCCAGCUUUGGAGAUUCCAAGACCCGGUUUUGGGGCCUAGAAAAAUCCCAACUUUCCAGGAACCCACCAAGGAUAAGGUGUUGAUAAAAUCCGACAGUAUUUUCAAAGUCAACGUUCAAGAGAAGAAGGUUUCAGUUGUUUCGGGAUCAAACGUGUCCGAAGUCGGACAGUCAGUUAUUUAUUUGGUAGUUUAGCUACUUUUAUAAUUUAACUUAUUUGGAAAUAAAAACUUGGUUACGCAA